AUGUGCAACUCCUGUUGUGGAUCCUGCUGCUCCGGCCAGGGCUGUGGCUGUUGCCAGCCCAGGUGCUGCCAGACCACCUGCUGCAGAACCACCUGCUGCCGCCCCAGCUGCUGCUGUAGCCCCUGCUGUGGUGGGUGCAGUGGCUGUGGUGGCUCCAGUGGCUGUGGUGGGUGUGGUGGUUGUGGCUCCUUCUGCUGCCGCCCCAUCUGCUGUAGGACAACCUGCUGCAGGACAACCUGCUGCCGCCCCAGCUGCUGUGGCUCCUGCUGUGGUGGGUGCAGUGGCUGUGGUGGCUCCAGUGGCUGUGGUGGGUGUGGUGGCUGUGGCUCCUGCUGCUGUCGCCCCUGUUGCUGUGUCUCCUCUUGCUGCCGCCCUUGCUGCUGUCGCCCCACCUGCUGCCAGACCACCUGCUGCAGGACCACCUGCUGCCGCCCCAGCUGCUGUGGAUCCUGCUGA